CGCCCCGCCCCGUCCCGUCCGCCCGGACUUUACCUCCCGGCCGGGCCCGCGCCGUUCCGGGCCAUGUGAGCCGCGGGGCCGGGCCGCGGGGCCGCCACCGGCAGCGGGAUGGAGCGCAGGAAGGUCUUCGUGGUGCUCGACGUGCUCUGCUUGGCGGUCGCGUCUCUGCCCUUCGUCAUCCUGACGCUGGUGAACUCCCCGUACAAGCGCGGCUUCUACUGCAACGAUGAUUCCAUCCGCUACCCCUACAAGGCAGACACCAUCACCCAUGGCCUCAUGGCUGGUGUCACCAUCACCUGCACUGUUGUCAUUAUCUCAUCGGGGGAGGCAUACCUGGUCUACACAGAGCGCCUCUACUCCAAGUCAGAGUUUAACAACUACCUGGCCGCCCUCUACAAGGUGGUGGGGACCUUCCUCUUUGGGGGGGCCAUCAGCCAGUCCCUGACUGACCUGGCCAAGUACAUGAUCGGCCGUCUCAGGCCAAACUUCCUGGCCGUCUGCAAUCCUGACUGGUCCAAGGUGAACUGCUCCAUCUACGUGCAGCUGGAGAACGUUUGCCAGGGGGAGAGCAGGAACGUCACCGAGUCCAGACUGUCCUUCUAUUCUGGGCACUCCUCCUUUGGGAUGUACUGCAUGAUGUUCCUGGCGCUCUAUGUGCAAGCCCGGCUGGUGGGGAAGUGGGCCCGGCUGCUGCGCCCCACCAUCCAGUUCUUCCUCAUCGCCUUUGCCAUCUACGUGGGCUACACCAGGGUGUCCGACUACAAGCACCACUGGAGCGAUGUGCUGGCGGGGCUGCUCCAAGGGGCUCUCAUUGCCGUCCUCAUCGUCCGCUACGUCUCUGACUUCUUCAAGCACCGUCCCCCACGGCAGUGCGAUGAAAAGGACCCAGAGCGCAAGCCCAGCCUGCCGCUCACCAUGAGCGACCCCGACCGCAAUCACUACAGCUACCGGGGUGCCCCGUGAGCCACACGUGGGCCACGCAUACCGGACUGCAGACCUGCCCCUUGCUGCGCUCCGCACUGCUCCUGGCGCAGGGGACAAGGACCCUGGCUCUGUAUUAACCGUUGGCUCCAUGGCUCCGGUGCCUCUCGCUGCCGCAGGUACCUGCGGGAUGAUCCUGCCCAUCUCUGCUCCCUCAGCACCGCAGCUCCUGGCUCCCUGUGCCUGCAGUACCUCUGUGCUUGCUGGUGCCCAGCGAUCCCAGCACCCUGCCUGUGGGAAGGGGAGGUUCUUGGUCCCCUGUGGGUCUGAGUCAUGCUCCAAGGCUGCUGUCCCAGCCCUCUGCGUGAAGGGAGGGUGGCACGUGGGGGUGGAUUUAUCGGGCUGGCAAACUGUGUCGAGCGAAGAGUAAACUCGUUGGGAAGCCUGAAGUUGCCUGUGCUGGGUGUGUGUUAUCCCUGUCAAAUUAUCCAGCCUUAUGAAUACAAAUCCUCACUAGCACAGGGGGAGGAGGACAGCUGCUGGGCUAGCAAUACUCUUCUGGAAAGGAUUAAAACGAUCCAGAGUUCUUCUCUGUUUCCUGAUUACCUUUAAAAGCAAUCCUGGCCGCCAGGCUUUGCUCUGGUGGUGCCCGACGCCGCAGUGCUGGAAGCAAGGGCUUCUUGCACCCUGCCUGCUUUGCACCCGGCUUGGGGGAUGCUCAUGCCUUUGUCUCUCCUGCAGCUUCAGCUGAUGCUUUAAGGGGGUGUGGGGUGUAGGGGGAAGGGGAGAAGCUUUCUGUGGUAAAGGAAAAUAAAUGGGGAUGUGGAGCUGGACAUGGGACUCCAGAUGCCCUGGGAAACUGGGGAAUGGGCCACGGAGCAGUCCCAUUGCCGACGCGCAGCUAACUCCAGCGCUGGAGCACUGUGGGCCUCUUCUUAAACUACAUGCAUUUUCGUUAUGAUGUGUUUUUAUAAAAAUGUGUUUUUUAAAUUAGAUCAUCCUUAAAGAA